AUGUCUCUCUACGAAGUCUGGCAAGCAGCGGCAAGCAGCCCUUUCCAGCCUGCGGUUGGUAAGGACAGCCAGCUCACUGUAGGCUUGUCCCUGUUACUCGUCGGCUUGAUCUUGACUGGCCUCUUCGGACUAAAUCGAUCUCCUGUCUCCAUACCUCUCUUCGGAAUACCAGCUUCUUUGGCAUUUGCCAUCGGUGCAGUCUACGCCAUUUGUGGCUUCGGUGUCUACGUCUAG